AUGGUAUCUGUUUCUGCUGCUGAAAGUCGUGUGCAGCAGCCCGUGCCUUUUUGUCCCUGUCCUGUGUCUAUACUCAGCAUCCCGCCAGACGUUCUGCUGCACCAGCAGCAAACUGCUGCUGCAACUCAACAGCCCCUUCUGCAACUGAAGGGCCAGGGCCACCCUCCGCAGCACGAAGGUUUGUUGCAGCACCAGCAGCUGCUUCGAAGAAGCAGCAGCUGCAGGUGUGUCUCUUUGAUUCCCCCUUCUUUAUCAUCAUCAUCAGCAGCAGCAGCAGCAGACCUGCAGGGAUAUAGUGGAAGAUGCCCAAGCUCUAGCGGCGGCAGCAGAAGCAGCAGCAGCUUGGGAAAAAGCACCAGAAGCAAGACGAAACGCAGUGACAGGGGUGGCUUUAGUGCUGCACAGCAAAGCCGCGACAGCUGCAACAGCAGCACACCAACUUCUGGACACACACUACAGGAAGCAACAGCAGCAGAAGCAGCAGCUGCAACUCCAGAAGCAGGAGGAGGAGCAGCAGCACCAUGCAGGCUGGCAGUAGCUUCUCCUCGCAUAGCGACUCCCCUGUCGCCCUGUAUACGGGACUGUGGGGAACCUGGAGAGAUGCUACAUAAGCACUUUGCUGCUGCUGCGGAAACUGCAGCAGCAGCAACAGCUGACCAACCAACCACAACACCACAGGAGACAGAAGGUGCACUAGCACAGGCAACAGUAUUGCCAACAGCAACAGCAGCAGCAACAACAACAACAACAACAACAACAACAACAACAACAACAACAACAACAGCAACAGCAACAACAACGGCAACAGCUGCAACAACGGCAGCAACAGCAGCAGCAACAGAAGCAGCAACAGCAACCGAAGCAGCAGCAGCGACACAAGAGGCAAACACAGAAGAGCCAUUAAUGAGCCCAAACGGUGCAGCAGCAGAAACCGAAACAGAAACUCUUGAAGUUACAGAAGCACCUACGGCAGAAGCGGCCGCACCAGGAGCAGGAGCAACAUCAGCAGCGGAACUAGCUCAGGCACCAGAAAUAGAGGCAGCAGAACAACCACAAAUUGUUCCCUUGAAAGCGGCAGCAGCAGCAGCAACGCCUGGCAUCGCAAACGUCUUCGAAUCUACAGAAACUCCGACGGCGGCAGCAGAAGCCGCGGGGGCUGCAAGAGGAACCGCGAGAGUAGCAGCAGCAACGGAAGACGCGGAAGCACCACCAGCAGCACCAGCCGCAGCAGAAUCUGCAGCAGCCACAAAAACUGCUGCGGAAGAGGAAUCAGACGCCACAACAGCACAAACUACAGCGGUACGUGUUGGAACACCAGCAGUUACAGCCCAGGAGGCGGAAGCAAAAGCAGCGGCAAAACCUAAAACUGCAGCGUCAGCAGCAGCAGAAACUGCUACAGUAGCAGUACAAAGAGCAGCAGCAGCAGCGGCAAAAAUUGCAGCAGCAGCAGCAAAAAUUGCGGCGGCAGCAGCAACAGGGGAAGUAUCAACAACACAUUUUCGAUCUGCUGAGGUUGCUGUAGUUUCAGCUGCAGUUGGUGCACCAACACCAGCAGCACGAGGACGUGCAACAGCAGCAGAAAGAGGAAUUGCAGCAGAAACAAUAACAACAACAGAAAGAGCAGCAACAGAAGCAGAAAUAGCAACACCGGAGGCAGCAUCAACAGCCAUUGCAGCUGCAGAAGUAGCAGCAGCAGCUGCUACGGAACCUGCAGAACCUGUAGCAGCACUAGCAGCAAUCGGAGCUGCAGCACCAGGAGCAGUGGAACUUGCAGCAGGAGAUAUUGUAGCAGCAGCAGCAGCAGCAACAGCAGCAUCACCACCGCCAGAAGAACCCGCAGCAGCAAGACCAGCAACAGCAGCAAGAACAGGAACAAUGGCAGAAAUAGCAGCAACAGCAACACCACUGGAACCUGCAGUAGCACCAACACCAGCAUCACCAGAACCUUCAGCAGCAGCAGCAGGGAUAGGAGUAUCAGUGGCAGCCGCAAGAGCAGCAGCAGCUGCAGCUCGUGAGUGGUCACCGCAGCAGCUGAAAAAGUUGUUGCAGCCUCCCUUUUGCUGCGGCUCGGUGCCUUCCUCUGAGCUUUCCUCAGAAGAAGGAUUGUGCUGUACAGCAGCAGCUGCUGCUGCUGCUGGUGCUGGUGCUGCUACAACUACUCCUGCUGCUUCUUCAAGAGAAGGAGCAGCUGCAACAUCCCCCGUUGAUUCGGAAGCAGAAGCAAGAGUAGCAUCAGCAGCAGCAGCUCUACGGCGUAUAGACACCCAACGCCAUCUUGGAUGGAGACAGAGAAUGCAGCAGCAAUGGGCUGCAGCAGCAACUGCAGAAGCAGCAGCAGCAGCAGAAGCAGAAGUAGCGCUGCUUGAGAAGGCAUUAGGACUAUCAGCAGGAGCAAAGCAAGCAGCAGCAGGAGCAGCUGCUAGAGGAACUGCAGCAGCACGCGAAAACCCUCCCUGCAGCUACAACCAAUAUAGGCAGCACCAGAACAGCUGGGGAGAUGCUGCUGCUUCUUCUGCUGCUGCUGGUUCGUUCUCUGAGCCCACAACACUGCAGCAGCAGCUAGCUGAGCUUCCAGGGCUGCCCCUAGUUUCGCUUCCGCUGCUACAGCAACCACAGCCGCAGCAACAUCAGCAGCAGCGGCUAGUGCAGCAGCGAAUGCUGCAGCACAUGCAGCAGCAACAGCUGCUGAUAGUGCAGCAACCUCCGCAGCACCAGCAGCAGAUGCUGAUCUCUUCGUACUUGGGUGAGCAACCCCAGCAAGCAGCCAUGCUUUGGGCCCCUGGAGCAGCAGUGUCACCACCAUCAGCGGCUGCACCAGAUGCAACAGCCGUGACAGCGGAGAGACCCACCGCAGUACUAGAAGGGAAGGCGGCACCCACAGAAGCGCACCCUGUUGCUGAUGCUGCUACAGCGUCUUCGGCUGCUACUUCAUCAGCAGCAGGGUGUAGUGGAGGAUCCCGAACAACAGCUGCAGAAGCAGCAGCAACACCAGCAGCAAACACUACUUGCUGCGCCUGGGAGGCAUGGGCUCGGCGUAAAGCCCCUGCUGCUGCUGCCCCUACAGAUGCAGCAGCAGCAGGAAGACAGCCGCAGCAACAGCAGUGCUGCAGCCCCUCGUCUCUGCAACGGACCCCGCGGCAAUCGGCUGGCAGUGCAGCAGCAGCAGCAAACCACCAGCAGCUGCAGUUACAGGCGGCCCUAGCAGCUAUUGCUAGAGAGCGUGAGGCCCUGCUGCAGCAGCUGCCACAAAAUACUCUGCAGCAAAAAAGAGGGAAGGCGCAGCUUAAAGGCAGCCACCGGCUGCAAACCACCCAAGCAUACAGCAGCAGCAGCAAUAGCAACAGCAACAACAACAACAGCAGCAGCUGCUGCUGCUGCUGCAGACAACGCACCACCGAAGGAGAAGCAAGACCCCCCCUGGCAGCGCACGCUAUCAACGACAGAAGCCGAGACGCUGACGCUGAGGUGGAGAGGCUUGCUGCUGCUGCUGCUGCGCCUAAGACUUGCUUGCUGCAGCAAAAGCGGCAGCAGCAGCAGGUGCAGAGCCAGGCAGCCGAGACUUGCGGCCGCACCAGCUCCAGCAGCAGCACCAGCAAGCUAAGAACCAGGAGGCGCACCCCCCAAGCAGCAGCAGCAGCAGCAGCGGCUACAGCAGCAGCGGUUUCAGCAGCAGAAGCUGCUGCUGCUUUAAAUUCUACUUACGAAGCAUCAUCGUGGUCGCAUGAGAGAGAUGUGAAUGCGCCUGCGGUUGCUGUUGCUGCUGCUGCCGUCGCUGCUGCUGCAAAAGCAGCAGCGGAGGCUGCCGACGCAGCAGCAGCUGCGGCUGCCUCGUCAAUCGUUAAGUCUGCAGCAGCAGCAGCAGCAAGGGGGAUCAGUGCUCAUGGAGUGUCCAUUUAUCCUCCAGUUGUCAACUCUGCUGCUCCACCUGCUGCUGCUGCAGCGGGUGUUGCUGAAGCUGAGCAACAGCAGUGGUGUAAUUCCCCGAAUGUUGCAGAACAGCAGCAGCAGCAGCAGCAUCACCAGCAGCGGAAGCAGGAACGACAAGCGUUGCUGCUGCGGCACCAGCAGCAGCAGAAGAAAAGGCCUGUUAGCGCUUCUGCUGAGGCAACAACAGUGCGAGUAAAUCCGUGCAGCAAAUGCCGCAGAUAUCAAUCCGCUCCAGCUUCUAGAUGUACUGCCAGCAGCAACAGGAGCAGCAAGUACAGCAGCAGCAGCAAUAACACCAACAGCAACAGCAGCAGCAGUACGUUCCCUACUGCAGCUUUGGCUGAGUUGCAGCCAGUUGACGCUGCACGUGCUGUUGCUGUUGCUGCUGCUGCUGCUGCACCUCUGCAUUUCCCACAGCAGGAGCAGGAGCAGCAGCGGCGGGUACAGGUAGCACACAAACAGCAGCGAGACAUGGCCUCGAGGGCUGCUAUCCAUGAACAGCAGCAAAGGCGAUAUGAGGAAAAGAUAUCGAAAAUGCGGCGCCAGCUGCAGCAGCAGCAGCAGCAGCUGCAGCAGCUGCAGCAGAUGCAUCCGCAGCUGCAACCUCCAUGGGACAAUAGCACUUCCCCUGCAGCAGCAGCAGCCACAACAGCAGCAGCACCACCAACCCCGGCACCUUCGCAGCUCCGCGCACCAUCCAAGUUGCCAGCAGCUGCAAUAGAGGUUAUCUCCGCUAGACUGCACGGUAGAGCCAAGCAAAUGGAGGAGAUGCGUCUCCUCAAGCAUCAGCUGCAGCAGCAGCAGCAGCGACUGCUGCAGCUGCAACAACAGCAGCGGGACAGCUUCGUCCAAGUAUCUGGCUGGCAGAGCAAUAGCAGCAGGAGCAGCAGCAGCAGCAAUCGAAAGCAGCAACACCGCUGGAUGAUGCAGGUGCAGCCGCAUUAUGAACGUGAAGUGCUGCAGAAGCUGCAGCAGGACAAGCUGCAGCAGCAGCAACAACACAAGGAGCAACACCAACAGAAGCAGCAGCAACAGAAGCAAGAGCAACAGAAGCAGCAGGAUCAACAGCAACUACAGAAACAGAUGACCCCUGAUAUCCAGCAGCCAAAGACAGGUGCCGCAGUGCGUGUAUGCAGCAGCGAGGGAGACACAGAGAAGAGGCAGCAGCGCGAACAACAGAAGCAGCAGCAGCCACAGCAACAGCAGCAACAACAGCAGCAACAAAAACAGCCCAGUGUAAACGGGCGGCCAGUUCCCGCUGCUGCUAAAGCAAAGAAGGACAGCUAUUUUGUCCCUUCUUUUUCUUUGCAGCACAAGCAGCACGGCGGAUUCCAUCAUCAACAGCAGCACCAGACACAACAAGCGAGGGGGCAGCACCAGUCGCUGCAGCAGCAGCUGUUACAGGAGCAGCAGCAGCAGCAACUCCAUUGCUUGCGUCAAGAGGAGAGGAGGCAUCAGAGAAUGCUACUGAAUGUGCAGCAGCAGCUGCAGCAGCAGCUGAAGGAGCAGCAACAGCAGCAGCAGCUGCUGCUUCUGCAGCAACAGAAGAAGCACCAUAAGCAUUGCCAUCUCCGACAUAGCCACAAGCUAGUACAUCUCUUAAAGCAAAACCAAAAGCUUCAAAAUCAGCUUCAGGAGCAGCAGCUGCAGCAGCAUCUGCUGCAGCAGCAGCAGGUGCACCAGCGUCAGGUGCAGCCUCAGCAACAGGUGAAACAGCAGCAACAGGUGCAACACCAGCAGCAGGUGCAGCAUCAGCAACAGGUGAAACAACAGCAACAGGUGCAACAGCAGCAGCAGGUGCAGCAGCAGCAACAGGUGCAGCAGCAGCAACAGGUGCAACAGCAGCAGCAGUUGCAACAGCAGCAACAGUUGCAACAGCAGCAGCAGUUGCAACAGCAGCAGCAGCAGCAGGCGGAGUGCUGCAACGAGAUCUUUUUGGAAGAGGCUCGAGUGAGCAGACGGCCUUCGUAUACAGGGAAGGAGCAGCCACCACCACAGCGAAAACUGCAGCAGCAGCAGCAAGAUCAGCAGCAGCAGCAGGAAGACAAGCUAGUGGAGCAGCAGAGCCAAGCAGAUGUGCCUCCGGUUGCCGACCCCGUUAAUGACGGUGCUGCUGCUCUUUACAUCAGUGCUUCUGUUGAAUCCCCUGGUGUUGCUGCUGCUGAUGCUGCUGCCGCUGCUGUUGGGUGGAGGACUAGCAGCUUCUCCGGAAGCUACAGCAGGUCUUUCUCCGAAGGACAAUGGCGCUGCAAUUCUUCUGGUUUCUCAGCUGCAGCAGCUGCAACUGCACCAGACAGGCACUUCUCGCAGCAGCAGCGGCAGCAACUGCUGCUGCAGCACCAGAUGCAGCUACCCACGAAGGCCACCGCUCGAUCUGAGGCAGAGGAGAGCCAGGGAGAGGCAAUGGAAGCUUCCGACUCAACAGAAGCAGCAGCACCAGCAGCAGCAGCGGCAGCAGCAGCCGCACCACCACCACCACCACCACUGAGGAGUCUGUCGUCUGAGCAAUGGUCCGAAGGGGAGUGGAAGGAGACGGCCCACCCAGGGCACCGCAUGCAGCGGUUCUUCACCUCUAGACAGCUGCAGCAGCAGCAACAACAACAGCAGCACCCAGAUCAGCAGGUGUACGCGCAGAUCAACACCGUCGCCCAAAGCCUUUCCGCCCUUUGCGGGGACAGCAAUCGAAUGAGCAGUUCGAACGGGCAACAGCAUCCGGAGCAGCAGCAUCAGAAGGAGCAGCAUCAGAAGCAGCAAGGGCAGGCUCAUGGCCCUUUACCGGCUGGACCCACCUCGACAUCUCUGUUGCGGCACUUACGGAGGCUGUACGGCAGCGGCAGCAGCCAGCAGCAACAACAACAGCAACAACAGCAGCAGCAGCAUACAAACGGUUGGGUGGGAGACUGUGGGGUGGAGGAGCUGCGAAACCUACAGGAGUUGCAAGUAGCCUCUCUGCUGCAGCAACAAUUGCAGCGACAGCUGCACCAGCAACAACGACAGCAACAACUGCAGCAAGAGCAACAGCAGCAGCAACAGACGCAACAACAGCACCAGCAUCAGCAGCAGCGUGCAAAUGUCCCCUCCAGCAGCUUGACGUUUCGGGGGCUCUCCUCUUUUGGGGGAAAGAAUGUUGCGCCGCCUGCUGCUGCUGCUGGUCAGGCUGCUGCUGGUAAUGCUUUUGCUGGUCCUGCUGCUGCAGCAUCAGCAAGGAGCAAAACCCCACUUCCCUUGGUGUCCGGCAACAGGCAUCUGCAGCAGCAGCAGCUGCUGCAAGAUGCUUCUCACUUUCAGCUGCAGCCAGAGCAACGAGGACGACAGCACGUGCAGAUAAUGCAGCAGCAGCAGGGACAGCAGCAGCAACAGCAUCAACAUGGAAUCCAUGUGAUCCGCAGCAGCAGCAGCAGAUCACGGGGCGGACGGUACUCCACACUGAGGAGCCCCGCAGCAGCAGAACCUGCACCGAGAGCAUCAGUAGCGGUAACUGAGCAGCAGCAGCAGCAGCAGCAGAAGCAACGGUGGAUGGGGACAAGGAGGGCGAGGCCCUUACCUACCCCCACACGUGAGCAGCAGCAGCCACAGCAACAGCAGGAAGAAUGCAUACAGCAACAACAGCAGCAGCAACAGUACAAACUGCAGCAGCAGCAAACAACGCAAGUAGCGGUCGCGCUGGCUCCCCCCAGUCCCGCGACUGCUGCUGCUAAGCUGUUUGGGCGCAGCUCCAGUAGAAGCAAGCAGCAGCGGCAACCGUACAACGAAGAGGAAGUAACCGUCAGGAGGACCCCACGGUGGGGUCGUCCGCUGCAGGAGCCGCAGCAGCAGCAGGUGCUGCUGCUGCCACAUCAACCCGGCACCUCACAGCAAGAGCACGAUCUGCAGGCAUCUACUGCUGGUGCUGCUGCUGCGGCUGUCUUGCAGCAGCAGCAGCAGUCGCAUAUUAUACCCCGCAGAAGCCCAUUUAGGUUCCAUUCACAUCAAAGAUCUCGGAAUCAGCAGCAGCAGCAGCAACAACAACAGCAACAGAAGCAGCAACAGCAACAACAACAGCAGCAGCAACAACAACAGCAGCAACAACAGCAACACCAGUAG